AUGGGUCUGCCGGUUACCGUUUCUACGUGUUCCCUCAACCAGUGGGCGCUCGACUUUGAUGGCAACCGUGACCGUAUUCUCGAAUCGAUCCGACUCGCCAAAUCCGUAGGCUCUCGUCUACGCGUCGGCCCCGAACUCGAGAUCCCCGGCUAUGGAUGCUUCGACCACUUUCUCGAGCCAGACACGGUCUUGCAUUCGUGGCAAGUGCUUGCUGAGAUCCUCUCCUCGGAUGCUACCAACGGCAUUCUUUGCGAUGUAGGAAUGCCUGUCCUCCAUCGCUCCACCCUGUACAACUGUAGGGUGCUUCUGCUGGACGGCAAGAUCCUGCACAUUCGUCCCAAGAUGUGGCUCGCAAACGAUGGAAACUAUCGAGAGAUGCGCUACUUUUCUCCGUGGACACGCACGAACCACACCGACAGCUUCCCACUCCCUCGCAUCGUUUCCUCCAUCACUGACCAGCACGAGGUGCCCUUCGGAGACGCAGUGGUCAAGACAAGAGAUACAGUGCUGGGUGUCGAGCUCUGCGAAGAGCUCUUUACCCCAAACUCGCCUCACAUUCGGCAGGGACUCGAUGGUGUUGAGAUCUUCACCAACUCGUCGGCAUCGCAUCACGAACUCAGAAAGCUGUACAGAAGAGUCGAGCUCAUCAAGGAAGCCACCUUGAAGCUAGGUGGCAUCUAUCUCUAUGCAAAUCAGCAGGGAUGCGAUGGCGACCGACUCUACUACGACGGAUGUCCACUCAUUGCCGUCAACGGCAGCAUUGUUGCACAAGGCUCCCAGUUUUCGCUCGACGACGUGCAGGUCGUCUCGGCGACCGUGGAUCUGGAUGAUGUGCGCGCUCAUCGCAGUGCCAAGAGCAGAGGUAUGCAGGCUGUCAGCCAUAGUCUCGGCUCUGGCUAUCCCCGAAUUCACGUCGAUUUCGAAGUGGGAGAGUCGGAAGAAUAUAGUUCAAAGACGCCAGGCACUUCUACUCCCGUCGCUGUCGGAAGUGCCGUUGCCCCUGUCGACGGCCAAAGGGACGAUGCAGAAAGACUCUACAAGCGCUACUUGACCCCGCUCAGCCAGCCCAUCGAGGUGCACUAUCAUUCACCAGAGCAAGAGAUUGCGCUGGGUCCAGCUUGCUGGCUGUGGGACUACCUGCGCCGGUCGCGUACUCAAGGCUACUUUGUCCCACUCUCUGGCGGCAUCGACUCGUGUGCAACAGCAACGAUUGUCUUUAGCAUGUGCAGACUGGUGAUCGCCGCCAUCGAUGCACCGUCGUCCUCCUCACCAGCCAGCAAGGCAACGUCCUCGCUCACCACGGAUACACGGACACAAGUUCUCCAAGAUGUUCGUCGCAUCUGCAACGAAAAGCCAAGCUCCACCUGGAUCCCUGCCAGUCCUCAAGAGCUCUGCAAUCGCAUCUUUGUCACGUGCUACAUGGGCACCGAGAACUCGUCCGCCGAGACACGACAACGCGCCAAAGACCUGGCAGCUGACAUUGGAGCCUACCACAUUGAUCUUAACAUGGACAUUGUCGUUAGAGCCAUCAUUGCGCUCUUCUCUACCGUGACCGGCUCGACGCCACGUUUCCGUGUGCACGGUGGGACGCCAGCCGAGAAUCUAGCGCUGCAAAACAUACAAGCGCGAUUGCGCAUGUUGCUCGCGUACAUGUUUGCGCAGCUCACGCCUUGGGUCCGCGGCUCUUGGGGUGGGCUUCUCGUGCUUGGAUCUGCCAACGUGGACGAGUCGCUACGUGGUUACCUGACCAAAUACGACUGCAGUUCGGCCGACAUCAACCCUAUCGGUGGCAUCUCCAAGACCGAUCUCAAGGCGUUUAUCGCGUACGCACGCGAUGCUUUCUCGCUUCCGAUCCUGCACUCCUUCCUCACCGCCGUGCCUACGGCCGAGCUCGAGCCUAUCACGGAAUCCUACGUCCAGGCAGACGAAGCUGAUAUGGGCAUGACGUACGACGAGCUCUCCGUAUUCGGACGUCUGCGCAAGAACCUCAAAUGCGGCCCUUACAGCAUGUUCAAUAAGCUGCUGCAACAGUGGGGCCCGACCAUGGGCCCAGAGAGGGUGGCCGAAAAGGUCAAACUCUUCUGGUUCGAGUAUGCAAGGAACAGACACAAGAUGACCACUUUGACGCCCAGCUAUCACGCCGAAAGUUACAGUCCCGACGAUAACCGUUUUGAUCUGAGACCGUUUUUGUACCCUUCAAGGUUUCCGUUUCAGUUUAGAAAGAUCGACGAGCUGGUCAAGCGCUUGCAAGCUUUCCAAGCUAUUCCACCGCCCAGUCGAGACGAAAAUCGCAAGCAGGUCUAG